AUGUUAGAUAAUCAUUAUAAACCAGAAGUUCAUAUAGGGCCUUGGAUUGCCCCAGGUAAAUAACCUGAUUAUAAUGAUUGCUAAAAUCACGAUAUUACAACAAGACAUAAUGAAGAACAAUAUACAAAUGCAGCCGAAAGUUUAAAAAGAAGUAUUUUAAAAACUUUUCCAGUUGUAAAAGUAUAUUUAAAGCCUGUAAUAUUUGAUCCUUUAUCUCGAACAUUAGAGAAUAUAUAUAAUAGAAAAAGAAUAGAUUGUUAAAAAUCAAGAAAGUACAGAUUUAGUGAUAGAAUUGCUAAUGUGAAAACAUUAAAAGAUGAAAGUGACAAUUUGAGAAACGCAAAAAUAUAUAUUUUAUAAAACGAUCAAGGUGGUCAUUAAACUAUAGAGGAAAAUUAUAUAGCGAAACCUGGAUAAUGUGAACUAUGUUUAGGCCCUAUGAUAAAAUUUAUAGAUAAUGAACCUAAAUAAAUGGAUAAUAAGAGCAGAUUUUAAAAUAGACCUUCAAGUUCUGCUAGGAAAGGAAUUUUAAAAAAUGAAAAUUAAAGUAAUUUUAAAAAGGAUGAAGGCUAAAAUAAAGAUGAAUUUGUAGAUGAGUUUCCUUUUAAUAAAAUUUAAUAGAUUAAAAAUAAAGAUUUAGUAUUGUUAAAAAUGCCUAAAGAUUUCAAUACAUUUAAAUUAACAGGUAUUUGUGGAUAACAAAUUAUAAGCUUAGAAGUCAUUUCUCCUAGUAAUGAUAUAAUAACGAAAAGUAAUAAAAGUUUAACAAUUUAAAAUGAAGUAAAAUAAAAUAAAUUCGGUUUGUCAUUAAAAUUUAAUGAAGAAUUUUCCAAGGGUAUAUGUUAAACUAAAAGAUUUUACGAAUUAAAUAAUUAUACUAUAUAAUAAAUUACUAAAGAUAUGCUUUUAUUUGAGUUUUAAGAAUUAUUAAAUUUUCUUAAUGCUUCUAGGCCUGAUAUAAAGAAAAUUCUUGAGUUAGAAGAUAAUAGAUGUAAAUUUAUAGAUGAUAAUUCUAUUUAAAAUGAUAAAGAUGAAGACGAAGAAUAAUUUGAAAAUUUUUGUUGA